CUGAGAUGCUGAGUUUCAUUAUUAAGGAGAAAAUAGAGGACUCAUCUGAGGAGGGACCUUUGGGACACGCUUCCAAACAGUCAUGGAAAAUUGGAAUAGACUUCUCAAUGAACAGGAAGAAAACUGUCCUUCAGACAAUUGCUCAGAUUCAGUGCGAUUUGAUGCUAAGACCAUGAUGGCAAAGCUUCCAGAAAAUUUUUGCACUGUCUCUGGAUUGCAAGAAAAGCUGAAGUGGCACAAAAUUGCACUGGUCGGGCUUUGUCUCUUUGUGUUUGGGGUUCUGAUCCCAAUCACUGGAUUUGUUACAGUUCAGACCCUGAGAUACGGAGCGCAGAAUCCAAAGGAAGAAGUGAGAUUGAGGAAAAUGAUAUCAGAUUACAAUGAUACUUUGAACAUGGAGAUUCAACAGAUCUUUGAUUCAGAAGCAAAUCUGCCCUCCCAACUUUUCCAUAACAUCAGCAUGAAGACUGAGCAGAAAUUUGAGGACCUCCUCCUUCAGGUCAGCUCCAUCAUCUCUGCUGUCCACACUCAGAGAGGAGUGCUAGAUGCUGUCACCAACUCCGUGGCAAAGCUGAACUCCACGUUACUUGAAAUUCAGCUUGAUAUAGAGAGCUGGAAAGGCAGCUAUCGAGGGAACAUGCACAAACAGCGAGAGGAGACUGAGAGGCUGGAGGAGCAUGUAUACAAUGUGUCAGCAGAAAUCAUGACCUUGAAAGAGCAGCAGAUCCUGAAUCAGGAAAUCAAAGGAGAAAUGAAACUUUUGGCUAACAUCACAAAUGACCUCAGACUAAAGGACUGGGAGCAUUCAAUGACAUUGAGAAAUAUCACAUUAAUUCAAGGCCCUCCUGGACCAAAAGGUGAACGAGGGGACAGAGGCCCCCAAGGAGAAGUGGGGGCUCCUGGCAUCACUGGCCCAAGAGGUCUUCCAGGUCUAAAAGGUGACAGGGGAUUGACAGGCCCUCAAGGGAACCAAGGCAAUCCUGGACAUCCAGGGAUUGUGGGAAGACAAGGUUUUCCUGGCCCGAAAGGGCAAAAAGGCGAAAAGGGGAAUUGGAGACACUACUCUCCAAUCAAAACUGUCCGACUUGUGGGUGGCAGCCAGCCCAAUGAAGGCCGGGUAGAGAUUUUCCACAAUGGCCACUGGGGCACUGUCUGUGAUGACCGUUGGGAGAUGCGAAAUGGAUUGGUUGUGUGUAAGAGUUUGGGCUACUCUGGGGUUGAAAAGGUGCAUAAGGAUGCCUACUUCGGAAGUGGUACUGGUAUCAUAUGGAUGAAUGAAGUUCUCUGCUUUGGAAAAGAACUGUCUCUCGAGAAGUGCUUGUUCAAAGGUUGGGGUGUGACAAACUGUAACCACAAUGAGGAUGCUGGGGUCACCUGCAAGGUGUGACACCAUCCUCUUCCUCCUAAAUUGAGCACAAGGACCUCCUUCAAAAGCACUUCUUUUUUCCAAUUUGGCAUGGAAAUCCUUCACCAUGUCAUAUUUUAUAGAGGUAUAAGAGACUGAUAGAAGAAGUUUUGCCUAGAGAGUCCUGGUGGAUGGUUUUGCCAUUUGCCAUUGGCUCCUUUUAACACCCCUGGCACUGCUCUAUGACCCAAUUGUUUAAAGGGCGCCACCUACAUUUUGAAGGGCACGUCAAUUUGACUCUUCUGGUUGAAUAGCGAAUGGAAUUUACUUAAGGACAGGGUCUGAUUUGCUUUUGCUUUUCUAUCCCUAGUACCAAAGAUAGG